GGAAGCGCUCAGAAAUUUUCAAAAUAAGAAAUUAUCAAUUUUAGGAAAAUAUUAAUAUUAAGUAAGUUGUAGUUAAAUGGCUGGGAUACAUGAUGGAUAUUCCGAUGAAGCGCUGGAUGACGAUUACGAUGAACUGGACAAUUCGCAACGUAUACUAGGAACAAGUCGUAACUACAAUAAUUAUCCAAUAGAUAAUUUUUCAUACUAUAAUUCUCCGCGUGAUUUAACACUAAAUCUCCAGAAAACGCCAACAAGUAGCUUCAAAAGUUAUCAUCCAGUGUUUGAAUCGCCAGAAUCUGAUGAAGCAUCACUAAAACAUUACUUAUCUGUGUCGGUUUCCGUCAUCAGUUUGAUUACCGAAAAUGUCAUCAGCCAUCCAUUUAUAGUCAUUAGAAGGCAGGCACAAGUGUAUCAUAAUUCAAGGAGAUAUCAUAUUGUACCAGUUAGAAUAUUUCCAGUCAUUGGUCGAUUGUAUAGACGACAAGGAAUAUCGCCACUAUGGAAAGGUCUAGGAAGUAGUUUAUUGACGAGAGGAAUGCUGGUUGCUGUUGAGGAUAUUUUAUCGAAAUUCACUCCUUGGCCAAAAGAAAUAAAUUCGAGAACAACUAUUAAGCAAUUCGGUCAGCAUCUCAUACUCAAAGCUAUUUCUCUCGGUAUUGUACUUCCAUUCUAUUCUGCAAGCUUAGUUGAAACUGUUCAAUCGGAUAUAGCUAGUGAGAAACCCGGAAUAUUUGAUGUUUUUAGAGAAGGAACUGCUCGAUGGCUUGCAUGGAGUGUUCCUGCAAAAGGAAGAAUGCUGCCUGUUUGGGCACUACUUCCGAGUGGGAUAUGUGUAGGACUUACCAAAUAUUUAUUCAGUGUCAUAGUCAAAGGAAUUUCCACAAGAAUUUUAUCGAAACAUUAUCAUAAGAAGGAGGAACAGAAAGGUGCAAAAAGUAGAGAUUUGACGACGGUUAAUAAUGAUGUCGAGCUAGCAUCUAAUCUCAUUUCUCUCAUCACAUCGGAAAUACUCUUUUAUCCUUUCGAAACAAUUUUACAUCGCAUUCAGCUUCAAGGGACACGAACAAUUAUCGAUAACUUGGAUACAGGCACCCAAGUCGUACCAAUUUUAACGAGUUAUGAAGGCGCUUUUGACUGCUAUGUUCAGACAAUUCACAGUGAAGGAUUUGGUGGCUUAUAUAAAGGAUUUGGGUCUAUGAUGUUACAAUUUGCAGCACAUUUAGCAGUCAUAAAACUGUCAAAAUGGAUAAUUAACCAAAUUUCUGAAAUAUGCAGUGAAAAAGCACCAACAAAGGUUGCAGAAUUUUACAAUUUAGAGCAAGCUUCGAUAUCACAGCAACACGGCUCAACUAUUUCAAGAUCCUUGUCCUAUGUCAGUAGCAUUCAUGAUGAGCCAUAAGCUAUAUUAGUUUCUCUUUCUGUGAUAUCGUUGCUUUGCAUUAUAAAUUUGGAGUAAAUAAUUUUUUAGCUUGUGUUAUACAAAAAUGAUAGUUGCACGUUAUGUUCUUUAAAAUUAUUACUUUAAAAUAUAUAAAGAGACUAGAAACUUAGUUUUUAUGUCAAAAUAUUCU